AUGACAACCGGCACAGCCUCAGCCAUGACUACCUUUAAUCGCGGUUGGAGCUUCCAGAAGCUUCGGCCAGAGAUGAAGAAGGAUCCUGAAAGUUAUGAAGAUGAAUUACAAUCAUUAUACCGUGAUUUCAAUUACAGCAUUGAGCCUUUCGAGCAGCAAAUUGAUUUCGGUUUCACCUCGUUAAGCGAUGAUUCCACCGCCAACAAAGAACUCGGCGAUAGAGCCUUCUUCCUUGCUCAAUUGUCAUCUUCUUAUCCUCGACAUCUCUGUGAUUUCCCCGACCUCCUCGUUUAUCUUCUUCAUCGUGUUGCUACUCCCGUUUCUCUCUCGCCUUCUUUGAGAUCACUGCGCUUCAAACUCACUCAAUCGCUCAUUCUUCUUCUUAAUAGAAAUGUAAUUCACUUUACGACUUUGUUAGCGUUGUUUAUGAAGCUUCAGGCACUGAAAGAUAGGAAUUUGAAGAAAUUGGCGUAUUCACAUGUCGUUCUUUCGAUUAAGAAGCACAAGAAUAAUCAUGCUAGGAAUAAGAUUUUGCAGAAUGUCGUUCUUCAUAUGCUUCAGAGUGGGGAGGAGGCAUUAGCAAGGAGGUCUCUUGUUGUGCUAUGCAAUCUGCACCGGAUGAAUGUAUGGUCUGAUGCAUUAGUUUCAAACGCAAUAUGCCGUGCUUGUCACCAUCCUACAUUACGGUAUCUACUAACACCUACCUUAAAGCAAGCUGCUCUUUCCUUUCUUCUUAGUUAUCAGAUGAUUGAAGAAGAUGAUGAAACUGAUGCUUCAGGCAAUGAAGAUGAGGGGUGUGCUCAACAAACACGAGUUGUUCUCCAUAGAGAGCAAGUCGAUAAGGCUCGCCAUAAGGGCACAACAUCAAGCAAAAAGAAAAAAAAGGCUAAGUUGAAACGUGAGAUUUGUAGCAUGAAAAGGCAGCAGCGCUUGAGUUCGGAGAAAACUGGUUCAAAUCACUAUUCGCCACUUUCAGAUUUGCACGAUGCAGAUGCAUUUGUGGAUGAGCUGUAUUCUUACCUUCAUAGAGAUAUAAUAGAAGAGUUCAACUUUCUGAGAGCUCAUUCAGGGGUUAACAUGAUGACAAUUAUAGUGAUUGCUCGGACAAUUGGGCUUCACCGAUUGAUCAAGCCAAAGUUCUAUUGUUUCCUUGGAAAGUAUUUGAUGCCCCAUGAGAAGGAGAUUACUAAACUACUUGCUGCUGCUGUUGAAGUCUUCCAUGUUGAUGUUCCAGAUGAUGAUGUUAAACCCCUAUUUCUUCAGAUCGUAAAUAACUUUUUACACAAUAGUUCGUCGCAACCAGAGGCAUUUGCUGUAGGAUUGAAUGUGGUCAGAGAGAUAUGUCUACGCAUGCCUCGGUUGAUGAAUGAUGAUUUGCUACAAGAACUUGUGUUAUAUAAGAAAGAAAAUGUAAAGGCAAUUUCACUUGCUGCCCACUCCCUUCUCAAAUUGUUCAAAGAGGUUAAUCCUUCACUACUUGCAAAAAAACACCGUGGACGGUCUGCUGCAAAUGUUAAACCUAAACAAUAUGGAGAGGCGAGUGAUGCAACCGAUGUCCCUGGAGCUGAUUUGCUGCGGCAAGGUAAAGAAUAUGAUGAUCAAGAUUAUGACAGUAUCAAAGUUGAGAAUGAUGAUGCAGAGGAUGAUGAUGAUGGCAGUGAGGAUGCAGAGGGUGAUGCUAGUGAUGAGGAUGCAGAGGAUGAUGCUGGUGAUGAGGAUGCAGAGGAUGAUGAUGAUGAUGUAACGUCUUUUAAUUGCUUAGGGGAUAGUGCAGUGAAUGAAUGUUGUGCUGAAGUUGAGUCCAAGGUAGGGGAUGAUGACAGGAUUACCGCUGGUGAGGAGUUUCGGGAAGAUGAUGUGGAUAUGGAAGACGAAUUUAGUAGUUUGAUUGAAUCUGAUGGUAGUCAUGUACAGAUUUCUGGAGAAAGGAAGAGAAAAUAUGCUGAUUUUGACCAACAAUUAGAUACUGCUGAUUCUGAUUUUAGAGCAUUGAAGAAAUUAACAGUACGUAAGUCGGAACACAUGUCCGAAGCAGAUGAUCACUUCUAUUCUAAUGAAGAAUUCCAACAAAUCAAAAAAUUGCUGGUAAGGUUCAUGCUCUGUAAAUUCUCCACCAACCUUUUAGCUACAGAGUGUGAAUUGCGAAAGUGUUCAGGUUCCAAGUCAACAACUUUGUUCCCAAGUUCAGACCAAUUAAGUCUCAAGCCAGUUAAUCCUGCUAAACUUGAAGCAAAUAUCAAAAGAAAGAUGACCAAGAAGGAAAAACUGGGAAGUAUGAUGGCAGGAAGAGAAGACAGGGACGAAUACAAAUCACGAGCUGCUGUAAAACAAAAUAAGAAGGGUGGUUCAAGCAACCGGCAGAAGGAUCAUAAGAAGAUUAUGCCUAUUGCUGCAAAGAGAGGCAAGAUCGCAAGAACCAAACAAGAGAAAAAGAGAAAACAGAUAUCUUCUGGUAAACAGUUUCGAGGGAAGAAGGCAUGGAAGUGAGUUAUUUUACUGUAUGAGUCAUUUAUUUGUGACAUCUAACUUGAGGAAUGUCUCCUUGGUCGAGGAACCAAUGACGCAUAACAGGACUUUAUUUAUUUUAAUUUUUAGUUUAAAGGUAUUUAAGAUGUACACCUUUUAUUGAUGUUUUAAGUUUAAUUAUUAUGAUAUUUUGCUUAUAAUUUUGAAACCUUUGGGAGUUAAUAUAUAUGAUCACCCGUAGUCUUAUUCUGAUAAUCAUUUUUGUAGGAUGCAUUAGGGGUUUUUUUUUUUAUUUAUUUAUUUUAUGCAAUAGUAACUCAUCUUAAUAGGUACUUUAAAUAUAUCAAACAUUUAUUUUAUAGAACUUGAUAAUUUUAUUUUUGCUGCUUCUUCACUAACUCUAAAUAAACUUUACUAAACAUUGCACGAUUACACAACUUCAACACAUCCUUUGAUGGCGCAUUUAUGUGAAAUAAAUUUAAUUGGAGAUCAACAACAUAUGUGAUAGAGAGGUAGCUUUGAACAAUCCUAAUUCUCACUCUAUUCACCAUUGUUAGACUACAUGGCAAAGAAGGGGCACACCACCAUGAAAUUUUACUUUGGUCCUUUAAUAAUUUUACACCUUCCCUCUCCCUUAUCAUCAUCCAAAAGGAUGAUUUAGGUAUCCCCAAUCAAAAGGGCCAAUCAAGCUUCUUUCACUCAUCCAAAAAAAAAAAAAAAAAAAAAAAAAA